AUGUUACAAAAUUUCAAUUCACCAUUUCCUGUUGUACCAGGAAAUCAAAUUGAUUUUUCUCAUGCUGAAAUAUUAAAAAAAAGGAUAAAUUCAAUAAUUGGUGCAGCUAUGAGUUUUCCUGGAUCUCAACCUGUCAAUUUCACACAACAACACUUAAUUGAACUUGAAAAAGAAGAUUAUUAUGUAUGUGAAAAGUCUGAUGGGACACGUGUCCUUUUAUAUAUUAGAAUGGAUAAAAAUGAUGAUCAAGAUGUAUAUUUGAUUGAUCGAAUGAAUCAUUAUUUUCAUCUAUCAAGUGUAAAGUUUCCUGCUCCAAAUUGUAUGAAUGUUGAUCCUAAUACACCCAAUUGGGAUAGUUUAGUUGAUGGUGAACUAGUUUAUGAUAUUGAACCUGAUGGAUCUUGUACACUGAUACUUCUUGCCUUUGACAUGUUAAUUGAUAAAGGAUUAAAUAUAAUGGAAAAAACUCUUGAUGAAAGAUUAGGCCAUUUACUAGUUCUUAUAAAAGAUUAUAAUAAACUAAUGUUAAGAAAUAACCCACAGCUUGCAAAUAAUCAACCACUCAAGUUCACUUUUAAAGAGAUGGAGAAAUCUUAUGGUCUAGAGAAAGUUAUUGAAGAAAUAACUUCAAAAUUAAAACAUAAGAAUGAUGGAUUAAUUUUCACAUCUGCAAACUUAAAAUGGAAAUCACCAAGUAAAAAUUCUAUUGAUUUUCUUUUAAAAGUUGAACAUGAUCAAAAUAAAGAAAUGCCCAGAUUUUGUCUAUUUCAACAAGGAAAUAAUGGAUAUGAAUAUUUUAAUGAUAUGAAUGUAACUUAUGAACAAUGGAAAAUAUGGAUUGAUAAUAAUGAGAAACUUGAUGAAAGAUUAGUUGAAGUGGUUUGUAAUCCUUCUUCAUUAUCAUGGCAAUUUUUAAGAUUUCGUGAUGAUAAACUAUACCCAAAUCCUUCCACUACUGUUGAUAAAAUAGUACAAAGCAUCAAAGAUGGUAUUGAUAAAGAAAAACUGAUUGCACAAACACAUAAAAUACAUGAUUCCUGGAAGAAAAGAGAACAAGAAAGAAAUCAACAAGUAAAUUAUAACAGAAUAUGCGAUUCUUGA